CACUGCGUCACUUCCGGACUCUGCAUCUGACGUGUCUGAAACAGUGUUGCGGUGGUGGUGGGAUUUCACUCGUGGGGGAUUUAUCAUCUAUUGAAGUAUUACCUGAUAGCAAGAUGCUAGACUUCUUCACCAUCUUCAGCAAAGGGGGGAUAGUGUUGUGGUGUUUCCAGGGAGCCGGGGUCACCGAAUCCUUCACGGGACCGGUGAACGCUCUGAUCCGCUCCGUGAUCCUCCAGGAGCGAAGUGGGAACAAUUCAUUUACUCAUGAGGCCCUGAGUCUUAAAUACAAGCUCGACAAUGAGUUUGAGUUAAUUUUUGUGGUGGGUUUUCAAAAGAUCCUGACGCUGACAUAUGUGGACAAGUUUAUAGAUGACGUUCAGCUUCACUUUAGGGAUCGUUACAAGAAUGAGCUGGAGCAAAAGGGGGCUUUGAAGCUUCUCAACAACAGCUUUGAAUUUGAGAAUGACUUCAAGAUGCUUCUUCGAGAGGCAGAGGACAGCAGUAAGGCUCGAAGCCCAGCCCCAAUGCGGUCCUUUAAGGAGUCUGAGAAAUCCCAAAAAACUGUGAAGUCGAUGAUUGAGACGAAAGGUGGGGACAAAGGCAAGGAACAGGGUGGAAAGAAGAAUAAAAAUACCAAAAGGAGGGUGAGUGCUUUUUGUGGUUGUCCUAAAAAAAAAGCUAAUUCGGAUGCUCCUGCAGUUGAGGCCUGCCAAGGGGGAUCAAGGCAAGGCCUCAUCCUCCGGCCAAAAAAUGGCUGAGAACGGUAACCAGGCUUGACUGCUGAUGAGAUCAUGCAAAAGAAGAGAGAGGAAUUUUUCCGCAAACGCAUGGUGGGAACUACUGAAAAGCCCAGUAAGUCCCCAAAACCUCAAAAGCCCGGGAGAAACAAAUGCGUUUGGGACAUGGGUGGUAACAGCACCAAGGACCUGGACUACAGCGAGAGGAAUGGAGAUGGUUCUACCAACGGUGGCGAGCAGAACCAGGAAGCACAAAUUGAUCUGGGAAUGCAGCCAAGCUCCAUGCAGGGAGACCUGCCGUCUGUGGACUAUGAGUCCAGCGAGGGAGAGGAGAUGGAGGACGAAGACGAGGAAGUGGUUGUCAGUGAAACAAGCAAGACCAGCUCCAAGAAAGGUGGUGGUUUUGGGGGAAUGUUUGGGAUGCUGAAGGGCCUGGUGGGCUCCAAGAGUUUGUCCCAGGAGGACAUGGAGCCAGUGCUGGAGAAGAUGAGGGACCACCUCAUCGCAAAGAAUGUAGCAGCCGACAUUGCCUCCCAGCUCUGUGACUCUGUAGCCAAAAAACUGGAGGGCAAAGUCAUGGGCACAUUCACCACUGUGGCCUCAACAGUAAAGCAGGCCCUGCAGGACUCACUGGUGCAGAUCCUGCAGCCCAAGCGAAUGGAUAUUCUGAGAGAUGUCAUGGAGGCGCAGAGCCAGCGAAGGCCUUUUGUCAUUACAUUUUGUGGUGUCAACGGGGUUGGAAAGUCUACCAACCUUGCGAAGAUCUCCUACUGGCUGAUUGAGAACGGUUUCACUGUCCUGAUCGCAGCCUGUGACACGUUUCGUGCCGGGGCAGUGGAGCAGCUCCGAACUCAUCAGCGCCGCCUGAACUCUCUGCAUCCCCCAGAGAAGCACGGAGGACGCCCCAGUGUCCAGCUCUAUGAGAAGGGCUACGGGAAAGAUGCAGCUGGAAUUGCCAUGGAGGCCAUCGCCUAUGCCCGCAACCAGGCCUUCGAUGUAGUGCUGGUGGACACUGCUGGGCGUAUGCAGGACAACGCCCCCCUAAUGACAGCUCUGGCCAAACUUAUUGCAGUCAACAUGCCCGACCUGGUGCUGUUUGUUGGGGAGGCUCUGGUGGGCAAUGAGGCAGUUGACCAGCUGGUGAAGUUCAACCAGGCUCUGGCAGACCACUCCAUGUCUGACAAGCCUCGCCUCAUCGAUGGCAUUGUACUCACUAAGUUUGACACCAUUGAUGACAAGGUGGGUGCUGCCAUCUCGAUGACUUACAUCACAGGCCAGCCUAUUGUGUUUGUGGGCACCGGGCAGACCUACAACGACCUGCGCAGCCUCAACGCUCGCGCCGUGGUCAGCGCCCUGAUGAAGGCUUAAGUGGCCGCAUGUUCUACUGUUUAUUCGUCAUCGCAAGGAAGCCAACAACACCUUCGCCAUGCUGCCACGUGAUGUUCCAGCCCUGCUAGUCUGCGUCUCUCAUGUUCCUGGCCAGCCCUCUCUACUUUACAUCGAAUGAAUUAACUCAUCUCACACGCAGGACUUUGUUCUCCCAGUGCAGGACAAGUGUGCACUAUAAAAGACGGAACAUUUUGCAACAAAGCCAGAGGAGCCUCCCUUUGCAUUAUUUCUAAACUUUUGGGCCAAAUUAGAGAGUACCUCAGAUAAGCUUGUGUUCUCAAACGGUGAAGUCACAUCCAAAUGACGUUUUAGCUGACGAAAUGGACCUAGGCUGGGGUCAUCAGUUUACUGCUGACAGUGGGAAAAAAAAAAAAAAACUUAAACAAAAAAUUCUCUACCUGGCAUUUUGUCAGUCAGUUUUCCCCUCUUCAUGUAAAUGAGGUCAGGUUGUGACGGCUUGCUGGAUGUGACAUUUCACCAGCUGCCUGUGCCUGAGGAAAGCUAAGUGACCAUAGUGCCUAUCUGUCUCCUGUCUUCUUAGUUUUCACUUUCACUACAUGAAGCGUUACCUACCAAGAAUACAAUGCCAGUUCAGAUCAGAAACCACUUCUCCUAGUCUAGUGGAGGAAACGGUGUACAGCUAACUAUCGACAACCUAAAAGGUUAGUACAUGUUGUCCAAAUAGAAGUCCAGGCUCAAUGGAGGCUGAUCCUCAGUACACAAAAAAUAAAUUCAUAUCUCCUAAACAACACACUAACAACUGUGGAUCUACUUUUACUUUAGAUUGUUCUUUGAUUAUCUUCUCCCACAGCUACUCGCCUACCUAAUACAGCACAUUUUCAUUACAAAGUGGAGCCUUUGAUCCUUCAGUUUAUAGCAGACGAAAAGUGGAAGGACAUUUUGUAAAUUUAUUUUUUUUUAGUUCCUAUAGGGUGCCAUAGAUUUCAGAAUACACUUUGUUUUAAAUGAAUUUCUAUGGCCCUUUAAUUUAUUUCCCCCUCUGAUUUAUUCUUCAUUUAUAAGAGGAAAUAGUCUUAAAUAAGUCUACCCCCUUUAAAUUGUGGUAGUGCAAUAUGAGAGAAUCAAGAGUUAUACUGAAGAUUUGAGCUAAUUUAUGAGAAUGUAAACAUUUCUAAAUAAAGCUGCUAUAUGCUAUGACAGCCUGUAAA